CCCCGACUUCAUAAUUCUAGUACCUUCAUUUUCUUCUUCUUCUUGUUUCCCCUCUGCAUAGGGGAACCAUUUCACGACCGUCGCAGCGCUAUCGCAGCCGUCGUACAUUUUGAUCCAGGACACACUCAUAUAGAUUCUCUCUAUCUUUCUCUCUUUAUAUAAGAUUCUCUGCUUCAGAAAUGUCGACGGUUAUGCAGAAAAUCAAGGACAUCGAAGAUGAGAUGGCAAGGACUCAAAAGAACAAGGCUACUGCUCAUCACCUGGGUUUGCUCAAGGCUAAACUUGCAAAGCUACGGAGGGAACUCUUGGAACCUUCCUCGAAAGGAGGUGGUGGUGCUGGUGAUGGAUUUGAUGUUACUAAAAGCGGAGAUGCAAGAGUUGGUCUAGUGGGAUUCCCUUCCGUUGGGAAAUCUACACUGUUAAACAAGUUAACAGGGACAUUUUCAGAGGUUGCUUCCUAUGAAUUUACUACCUUAACUUGCAUCCCAGGUGUGAUCACGUAUCGAGGAGCUAAAAUUCAGUUGUUGGAUCUCCCUGGAAUUAUUGAGGGUGCUAAGGAUGGAAAAGGUAGAGGAAGGCAGGUUAUCAGCACUGCUAGGACAUGCAAUUGCAUUUUAAUUGUUCUUGAUGCAAUAAAGCCAAUAACCCACAAACGCCUGAUAGAGAAAGAGCUUGAGGGAUUUGGCAUAAGGUUGAACAAGGAACCACCUAAUCUGACUUUCAGGAAGAAAGAUAAGGGUGGAAUUAAUUUCACCUCAACGGUUACCAACACACUUCUAGACCUUGACACUGUCAAAGCAAUAUGUAGUGAAUACAGAAUUCACAAUGCCGAUAUUACUCUUCGUUAUGAUGCAACUGCGGAUGACCUCAUAGAUGUCAUUGAGGGCAGUAGGAUAUAUAUGCCUUGCAUCUAUGUUGUGAACAAGAUCGAUCAAAUUACCCUGGAGGAGCUGGAGAUUUUGGAUAAACUUCCUCACUACUGCCCCGUCAGUGCUCAUCUGGAAUGGAAUCUUGAUGGUCUGUUGGAUAAGAUAUGGGAGUAUCUUAAUUUGACUCGAAUAUACACAAAGCCUAAAGGGAUGAAUCCUGACUAUGAAGAUCCUGUAAUCCUGUCAUCUAGAAGGAGGACAGUUGAGGACUUCUGCAACCGAAUCCACAAGGAUAUGCUUAAACAAUUCAAAUAUGCUUUGGUCUGGGGUUCAAGCGCGAAACACAAGCCACAAAGGGUCGGCAAGGAACAUGUGCUUGAGGAUGAGGAUGUUGUUCAGAUAAUAAAAAAGGUGUGAUUGUAGAAGAUAGAAUCCUUUUAAAAGUCAAUUUGGAAGCAACUGACAGGAUUUUCCAGCAGUCAGGAUCUUGCUACGAGAUUUAUCUUCAGUUUCCCAAGCUUUGAUAGACCUAAAACAUUCCCUGUCAUCUGCUUUCUAUUAGCUGAUUAGGUAGAGCAGCGGAGAGCUUUGAUAUGUAAUUAGGCUUUUUGGUGAUCAAGUUACCUUUUAGUAUUCUGUUGACUGCUCGGUUGUAUAAACACCGCACAUAAAAUCUAUUAUGAAAGGGGUAGGUGUGAAUUACAACCAGAAAUAAGUAUGCUAGAACUUCUUGUAACAUGCGCUUUCAAUAUUGAUGCAUUUUUAACUCGUUCUAGGAUUUAA